AGAUUCAGUUCUAUUAUAAUAAAAUUAUAACAAGGAUUUUUGCCGAUUUAUACAAAUGUAGUUAAAGUAACCGUUACAAAAUGAAGAAAUCUGAGCGUUCUGCUAACGCAGACACGUCCAGCGAGGUUGUGCUAUGCGAACCGGACGAAACGACCUGUUUAGUUUGCUUCGCCGAAUUCCUCGAUCCUGACGAUUUGGCGCUCCACAUACAGCAAGUACAUCCAUCUGGGAAGCUAGUAGAAUGUCAGUUUUGCGAUAAAAUUGUAUCAGAUGCGGAGGCUUACGUUUUACACAUAAGAGAUGCCCAUUUACUGGACUUCAAGAGCUGUUUGAUUUGCUACAGAAUUUUUGCUGAUAAUACACAGUUGAGGAAGCAUGAAGUGAAGCACCCACCGUCCAUGCGUGAAGGACCUUUCCCCUGCUCACAUUGCGGCCAAUUCUUCCUUACCAAAUCAGAAUUACGCCAACAUGAGUUUGUUUCCCAUUUUAAUUCAGGCGAUGGAGUGUUUCUUGACAAAUACUUUGCCUUACUGUCAUCCGUAAUCAACAUUAAAGCUAAUACAUUUAUAAAAUCGAUUGAAAAUGAAGUUGAGUUCACUGGGAAGCAGUUUACUUACGUCUGCACAUUUUGUAAGAACCGUGACACUGAUUUGGAAGCAUACGUAAUGCAUUUAAGAAAGACUAAAUGUAGGUCACUUACUUGUGAAAAGUGUUGCUCUGUUUUUAAGAAAAAGGCUGGACUUGCCCUUCAUGUAACCAAACGGACGGACUGUAGUUCUGUUAUAGAAGAAUUAUGCAAGCCGAUUAAAAUUAAACCUAAGAAGUGUGUGAAAUGUCAGAAAUAUUUUGAUAGUAAGAGUAUGAAAGGUCACAUUUGUAUUCAGAGCUUGAAAUGUUCCCACUGCGAGACUGUGUUUACAACUAUGUACGAAUUGUCCGAGCAUCAGUCUAAGGCGCACCCAUUAGCGGUAGAGCUGACCAUGUGCAAAUUUUGCCGGAAAGAGUGUGUGGGAACGGUUAUGUUAGAAAAACAUGUCCAAAGAUCCCAUAGCCAUGAGUUACAUCUUUAUAAAUAUACAUGUUCGUAUUGUGAUACAACGUUCAAGCACCCACAGCGACUAUUCGCACAUUAUUUUAUGAAACAUAAAGACAUUGAGCCAUAUCUUUGCAAAAUAUGCGACACAAAGUUUAGAAUACGCAAGUCUUUCACUUUGCAUAUAAAACUUAAACAUAAAAGUGAGGGCUUCGUUGAAUUUGAUGAAAGACUCCAUGUCUUUUUCACUGAUAAAAAAUCUGAUAAACCUUUUCAACCUGUCUCUAAGUAUGGCCGAAAACCCCCUGAAACUGAUAGAAGCAAAAAACAAAACGAUAAAAAUCAAGACUUGCAGAUGGCAAACAUGGAAUCAGAUGUAAACUUUACUGAGACAGAAGGAAACCAAACGGAUGCAAACGAAACAAAAGAAAAGUCAAGCCGGCUUGUCCGUAAGCGUAAGAAACCUGCUGUAGUCUUGGAAUUAUCUGAUUAUGACAGUGACGAUGAACCCCUUGUAGUCACAAAGAAGAAAGCUAAGCUAAAAUCGCAGUUAAGAAAAAGACCACUACAAUGGAAGAAGAAAAAUCUAAAAAAACCCUCAAAAAGCCAAUUUACAUGUGACAUAUGCAAAAAGUAUUGUUACACGUUUCAGAACUAUCAAAAUCAUCUAAGUAUGCAUUUCAAAGAUGAGUCUAAAAGGUGUAUAAAAUGUUCGCUUUCGUUUAAGACUAAAGCUGAUCUGGAACGGCACAUGAGGGAUCAACAUUCUAGCUCACGAUUGACAGAAACACUGAAGAAUAUUAUAGAAAGAAGAAAGAAAGGGGAACAGACACAGGAGAUCUCAGCCACAAAGAAAUUCCUCAACACCAUAAAGAAAGUCGAAAUUGAAAAAGAUAAUAUAAUUGCUACUAUAAAACCUAUUAGUAAAGAAUUGUCAGUACAAAAGUUCAUAGAAAGUUUUACACCUGAAGGUGGGGAGGUUAAAAAUGUUGCAAUAACAAAUAGUGUUAGCAUUAUCAAAGUUACUAACCCAGUCCCAAAGGAGCCUGUUAUAAAGCUAAACAAAUUCAAACCAGCACAAGAAAUUGAGGAAUCACUCAUCGAGCUAGCGAUGCCUGUCAAAUUUAAAAAGUGUAAUGAAAGACACAGUGUCACCGUUAAAAAAGUAAAAGCUAUGCCAUUCCAAACAAAGAUUAACUUCACUUAUGAUGAUGGCAACCAAUUUCAAGAUGACAAUGAUUACAACAAUGACAAUUAUGAAGAAGAUAUUAAAGAUAAUAUUAUACCAGAAGCAGAACAAGAAGUAACUCUAGAAGAAACAGCAGAGGUGCCUAAGAGAAAUCCGGCAACACAUAAAAUAGUUAUACCAAAACUGCCUAAAGAAUUAAAGUCUAUAAGGAUUGCACAUCUUUUACCGGAAGCUCCUUAUUAUAAAAUAGUCAAAAUGGAUGAUAUAAUGAAGCAACAACAUCAACAAGAACCCGUUAAAAAAGACGAUCGGAAAGCAAAUGCUCCACCCACAGAAGUCAGGUUACCGGACGGGACAAAGUUAGUACAUGUCAAUCCUCUCGCACAUCUUCUCGGAGACAAACCGGUGGAGCAAAUCGUGAAACCCAACAAAUAUUACAAGACCGGCCCGAGAAACUUCCAAGAUCUACUAGCAAAUGCUUUGAAAAAACUUGAUAAUCUACCCAGAAAACAGAAACGGAAAGGUGGAAAAACAGAAAAUAAAAUAGAACUGCCUGAGAAAGAGAGUGAAACUGCUGUUGAUGUAUCAGAUAAUGCUCCUCCAGAUCUGGACAAAGUUGAUCAAACGAUCAAUGUUGAUCCUAAUGUUACAGAAGGAAAUGUUGAUCAUCAAACUUUGAAUACAGAAAAAUAAAUAAAAAAUUAAAGUGAUCACUACUUAAGGGUGGUAUUCCAUCUGUCCAAUAUAUUAAUUGGAUAUGGAUUGGAAUGGAAUUAUUUGAGAAAAUAAUUAUAAUGGUAGGAUUAUACGCUAUAUGGUACGCUAAUAUACCUAAGGGGGUCUAUACAAGAUUACAAUCGUACACCGAU